AUGAGUCGCAGCAUCGUAUUGGGCACGAUCAGCUUCGAAGAGGUGCCGGCACACCUCGAGCACCACGCUCAUCCCGCACUGCACCCCAGCGCGAUCGAGGAGGACGAAGACUUGGACGCACGCUCGCUGGUCUAUCUCUUGGAGGACAACGACUUUGAGCGCGCUGCUGCCUUUCUUGCCGCUGAAGAAGCAAGGCGCCGUGCAGACGUGCUCGCCCACGCCCAAGCCGAAGCCGAGGCGCGCCGCCAGCAAGUGCAGCAGCAGAGGGUGCGUGCGCUGGCGCAACAGCUGGAACAGCUCCUCGAUGACGAUGAACAACUCAUCAACUUGCUUGGUCGACGCAUCCUCGCCUUCAACGGCCAUCAUGUUCAGGAUCUCUGGCACCCCCACCAACGCGGCAGAUAUGCGCACCUUGGCGGCCCCUCGCAUGCCUCGACCUCUUACGCUCUGCCCCCGGCAGGAUUCGGUGGGCGGAGGGACCUGCAUGCAGUUUGGGACGACUACGAUGAAAGUGCAGGACUCACAGGUGCGAGUCCGUUCAUUCACGCCUCGCCGCUCGUCUUUCACGACAAUGUUGCAUACCGCCGCACGAUGCCAGUAUCACGAUCUUCUGGAGCGAAGGUCGGCUCGCGAGUCGCCAUCCACCCUGUGACUGGAGUCCGCAUGCUUCUACAGGAUGGCAACACCGUCGAGCUUCCCGACGCUGGCAACGAAAGCGAUGCCGAGUCGGAAGAAUGGGCGGUGCGUGACGAAUCGGACAUCGACUGGCUCGGGCGCGAGCUGCUGCGACGUCGUCUGGGAGCUGACGUGUGGGUGCUUGGUACAGAUGACCGCACCCCGACCGAGUCGCCGCAGCACUCCAAAGAUGAAAACAAGCAGGAAACGGUGGCGGCAGUGCCAGUGUCGGUCGAAGAGGUGGAGAGCGACGAUGAAGUUGACGCUGCCGUCCAAGGGAUGGUCACAGCAAGUCCAGGAUCCACACCGCACGACACCAGUGCAAGCUCAGCGCAGGACACACGCAGCAGCAACGACAGCACAGCCCAUACGAGCGGUAAGACCAGGCAACGCGCAGCUACAGUCAUGUCCGAGUCCGAAGAGGAAGAGCUCGAGACGGUCGGAAGGCCCAUCACUGAGCCAGCCGCCAGUCUCGAGGGCCGACCCAGAAAAGCAGUCAAGGUCGUGGAUCGUCGCGCCUCGCAGCAUCCAUAA